ACAUAUGUUGGUCUUUUCGCUCCACGAUGUAGUCAGCUGUUUAAUGACCGUUCGUGACUUCAUGACAGUCAGCUAAAUCGGGUAAAUAAGUGACUGAUGUACGUCUGUGUUGUUGAAUUGUUGAAAGACUGGUGUUGGGUCGUAGGUUUGUUUGGGUUUUUGCUGGUAGCGAAUAAAGAGACUAAGCAGAAACGUAUUGUAUAUCAUGGCCUUUAGUGAAAAGUUGGUGUUUAUAUGUAUAUAUUUAUUGUUAGAAACAUAUAUUGCUGCGUACAGGCCAGUUGUAAUUAUACACGGAGUAUUGUCAGGAAACGUAACAAUGAUUCCGAUGGCAGAACGCAUAAAGCAGGCCCAUCCAGGGACAAAAGUAUAUGUGACAGAUAAAUUUGGAGAUUGGUCAAGCCUUGCACCAAUGUGGCACCAAAUUCAAGAAAUCGGUGAAGAUUUAAUGAACAUAGCAGCAGCACAUCCAGAGGGCAUUAAUUUGAUUGGGUAUUCACAGGGAGGUCUUAUUGCUCGAGGAAUUCUUGAACAGUUUCCUAAUCACACUGUGCAUACUUUCAUAUCGCUGAGUUCUCCACAAGCUGGACAAUAUGGCACCAAAUUUUUGCACCUGUUUUUCCCUGGCCUGGUCUGUCAUACAGCAUAUGAGUUAUUUUAUUCUUCUAUUGGACAACAUAUAUCUGUUGGCAACUACUGGAAUGAUCCACAUCACCAGAGUCUGUAUCGCAGUUAUAGCAGAUUUCUGCCAUAUGUUAACAAUGAAGUUUUAUCAUCACAGAGCAACAGUUACAAAGAUGGCAUAACAAGGUUACGUAAACUCGUUUUGAUUGGUGGGCCUGAUGAUGGUGUGAUUACACCUUGGCAGUCAAGUCAAUUUGGCUACUUUGAUGAGAACGAGGAAGUAAUGGAGAUGAGGGAUCGUAAAGUGUAUGUGCUAGACAAGUUUGGUUUGAAGACACUGGAUAAGAAAAGGAGACUCACAUUGAUUGAAGUGAAUGGAGUUUCGCACUUGGACUGGCACACAAACGAAACUGUCAUAGACAAGUAUAUUAUACCAUUCCUGAAGUAGAAUGCACACUGUGUUGUGAAAUUGCAUCUGCGCAAGAGGUGCAACAUGUUCCAUGACCAAGCUAGAUACUUCAGCAAUGUUAAAAGAUCUAGAUAUCUGAUAUUUAUUUAAAAGAAGAGAUUAGUACAGAGAAUUAUAUUUUUAUGAACUCUGCUAUUGUUUUUAGAUCUGUUUCUUCAUAGUCACCACCGUAAAAACCUCAAAUCUUACGUACUGUUUCUUUAUCGUUUCUAUGUUGCUGUGAACUUAAUGUGUUCAGAUGUAGUUGACUUGCCAUGUGAUACAUAUAGUGGUGGCAAUGGAUAGUUCUGAGGAAUUAUGGUAUUGGUAGUGUAAAGUGUCACAGAAUGCAGAGCCAGACUGACUGUGUAAAGCUUCAAACUUGAUAAACAUGAGGCCCCUUAAUUUUUUUUAAAUAUUGUAGAAAGAAUUAUAAAUAAACAUCAGCUAUUUUUAUUUUAAUCAUAUCAUAUGGAGACUUUCAUAACAGAAGAUCAUUUAACAAAAACUAUAAAGAAUGUUGAUUUAUAGAAAUAUCAUAAUAAUUUGAUGAAAAAACUAAUUAAAUUACCAAGAAAUAUUCAUUAAUGUGUAUAUGGAUGACUGGGAAUACAGUGUAUCAGUACAUUCACACAGCAGUGCCCCAAGCAAUGCAGUCACCUGCCAGUUCAUUUCUGAUUAUCAGAGAUGUUCCUCUACGUGCUAUUUCCAUCACUGCAGUCUGAUGAGGUGUAGUUAGCCAUCUGUUGUCUUUUGAGUUUUGUCAGAAAGUGUUGCGUUCAUCUUGUGGAUGAUUGCAAGGCCCUGAGCUGUGACUUAUUCAUUUGUAGAUAAAUCAACCACUGACAGAAUAUGACUAAUGUGUUUACUUGUAAUGUACUGGAGGUUCUUACCUUUUGUUGACCGGUUCACAGUGACCACAGCACCACCAGCUGAGAGGUGCAUAUGAAUUUUGCCAAUGAAUCAAUAUGCCUGUUGGCCAGUAAUAUUUGGAAUGAAGUAGUUACCAUUCACAGAUGACAGGAGAUGUUGCAGUGGUGUCCCUCUACGUAUAGACAUUCCUUGCACUGGUGGAAGAGGUUUUGAUUUAUCAUUUGAAGCUGUUCUGCAGGAAUAUUUACAAUUUCCCUAUGAGAAUUUUCUUUAAUUCUUUGUUCAGGAGUUACUGCUGUAAACUUUGUCUGUCAAACAGCCCUAGAAGAAAAAAAUCACAAGGAGUAAGAUCAGGUGAAUGAGCUGGCCAGCAGAUACCACCACUGAUAAUUCUGUCCCCGAAGACAUCGGACAAAGACUGCAUAGACAUACGUGCAUUGUGGGCAGUACCUGAGUCUUGCUCAGACCAACCAUAGAGUCUUUCCUCUUCUGUUAAAUCUGGAGAGAAUUGCCCGAGAAUGACCUCUACAUAUCUUGCUCGAUUAAUUGUUUCAUUAAUGAACACAGGUCCAAUAAUCAUUCUUGCACUUACAGCACACCAACACCAACUCUCACUGGAAGGAGCAUGACUUAAUAGUUUAAAUGUUGGAGUCUGUGAGCUCCAGUAGAGAUUAUUUUGUUUAUUUAUGUAUCCCUGCAAGUGAAACCAUGCUUCAUCAGGGAAGAAUAUCAGUUGCAGAUCGAUCUCACCUUUAAUGAUAGCCCGUAGAAACCAACUGCAAAAACGAACCCUGCUAGAUGAAUCAGGCGGCUGCAAGGCGUGUAUGGAUUAAUGUUGUUUUAUAGAGUCUAAGCUUCAGCAACUGUGUUGCCCUUCUUGCACUAGACCUUAACACUCUAGUCUCUUGAACUGGACAUUUCAGUGAUUUUCUAGGUAUAUGUUCAGGCCUGCUUUCUAUGUGAUCUAUGUUUAUUCACCAAAUUGUCAAUUGUUUGUCUGCUGGGAACUCUUUCAUCAUAAAAUUUUUGCCAACACUUUCUAACACAUCUGUCUUUCAUGUAAUACAGAAAUACAUGCCGCUCUAAAGUCUGCUUACUAAUUGUAACUGAGAACAAAUGGCUGAUGGAGCAGAUAAGUGCCACCCACUGCUGAAAAGUCAUAAACAGAUUCGCAUGCAUGAACUGCACUACUCACUGUGAAACAUAAUGUCUUCCAGCAGUCCACAAAGUUAAUAACUUCCCUUAAUUCAAAACAUUAUCAGGCAUACCGAUUCAUCGACAAAAUUCGUAUGUGCCUCACAGCCAGCGUUGCACCAGUCACCAUGAAGUGCAGGACCAUGAAGCAGUCAACAAAGGUAAAAACCCCCCUCUAUGUUUUGUGUAUAUUAUUCUCAUUCAGAAUAUUUAUGCCUAGUGUUGGACCAACACACUUGCCCAGUGAAAUAUGCUGAAAAUAAAUGUGAUCAAGAUUUUGUGUAUAAGUAUUAUUUAAUUUUAAUAUAAAUGUAUUUUUAAAUAAGUAUUGUAUUUUUAAGUUCAAGAAUAUUGGUUCCAAUGGAGGUAACUAAAAGUUUUGGUCAUUGCUGGUCAUCUCUGUUGGCAUAGCCAACAUUUCAUGAUUUAUUUUAACCGUCUUACAGUGCAUACAUUUAUUCACCUUACUCUUCUCUCUUGCACUACAUGU